AUGACUGAGGCACAGAAGUCACAAUCCUCACAUGAAGUGUAUAGCGCAGACAUCCAACAUGGAUCUGAUGCGAACGUAGAGACCCUGAACGUCACGAAGCCGGCCCAUGAGCACAUUGAAGGCAACGCGCUUCUGGUUGACAGGCAAGGUCGCAUUCGUCGCUUGCCAAUUCCAUCUCAUCAUCCCAACGAUCCGCUGAACUUUACGAUAUGGGAGAAGGGGGCAAUUAUUGUCUGUUGCUGUUGGUUCUCGCUUCUGAGUCUAGCCCUUGCCGGCGGCCUGGGUCCUUUCCUGAGCGUAUUCUUUGAGAUGUACAUGCCCCAAGGCUACGACGCGAACCAGAUUGUGUACCUGCUCACCAUUCCGAACCUUUGCAUUGGACUAGGUAACUACAUCAUUCUGCCAGUAUCUCUUGCUUUUGGUCGGCGCCCCGUUUUCCUUGCCUCGAGCAUCGUCCUACUUGUUGCCACUAUCGGCUCUGCGGUGCAGAACGAUUACAACAGCCACUUAGCUACUCGUACCAUUCAAGGACUUGCAACAGGGGCUUCGGAGUCGCUACUACCGCUGAUGCUCACCGAGAUCACCUUUAUACACCAACGUGGCCGCGUAUUCGGUCUCUAUUGGAUGGUGCAAAGCAUCUUCAGUGGUCUGCUGAACUUGGCAGGCAGCUACAUCAACUCUGCCUUGGGCUGGCGAUGGUACUACUGGAUCUUCGCGAUUGCUGUCGGUUUUGGCCUUGUCCUCAAUUUUUUCUGUGCCUUCGAGACGCGAUUUAGCCGGCCUGCAACAAGCAUUGAUGGGAUUGUCGUCAUUACUGACGAGUUCGGAGUCACUCACACCUUUUCUGACGAUGAAGCCCUGGAUCAUCUGGCAGAAAUGAACGCCCAAGGGGUAGACGAGGCCACAGACACUGACGAAGCGCGGACGACCUAUCUCCAGAAACUGAAGCCGUGGUCAAGACCCCACGCACAACCCCUGCGUAUGAUACUGAUGGCGUGGGCACGCAUGGUCCAGUGCUUCACAUCACCAGCCAUUCUUUAUGUUGUGUUGAUUGCUUCCAUUACUUUGGGCUGCGUGGUUGAUAUGUCCCUGACAUACGAUGCUGUGCUGCAAGCCAAGGGCUGGGCACCGAAGGACAUCGGCUUGAUCAAUCUUGGGUCUGUGGUAGGCGCGGUCCUCGGUGCGAUCUAUGCUACUCUGCUUGGCGACCGCUUCGUGAUGUGGAUGGCAAAGCGCAAUCACGGUGUUCACAAGCCCGAGCAUUGGUUGAUUGUUCUUGUGGUGCCCGCCUUGCUAGGAUUGGCAACGCUGCUGGUGUAUGGCUUCACAUCGUCCAGUCAUCAUGCCUCCUGGUGGGGUCCAGUACUUGCUUAUACGUUCUACUCUACCGCUUGGGUGACGGUUCUCAUUGUUUCUACGACCUUUGCGUCGGAAGCUGCACCGAAGCAUCCAGGCCCGGCACUGGUAAUGGUUGUGGGUACUAAGAAUAUUGUCUCGUUUGGCUUCACGUAUGGCCUGACACCACUUGUGGAAAAGGGUGGCUACUCUUACGCAUACGGAGUCCUGGCUGGUAUAUUCGGUGCCUGCUUCAUUCUGGGUAUUCCAGUGUACAUACUCAACCCUAAGUGGCGGUCAUACGUGGGGCGCAUGGAGCGCCGUCAUGGAGUUGUCUCGACCGAUUAG